CAACGUUGCCAACAACAUACGCUGCACAAACUGCUCGUACAGGGACUAGACGUACUGAGGGAAUAUCCAAAUUACCGGUCUACUACUGUCACGCUUUUUCUCACUGGGAUUAUUUCUUGAUUUUCAGACAUGAUUCCAGAAGAAAGCUUUGGAUCCACCGAGAACAGGAUGCAGUCAGCAGGUCUGGCUCUGGAAGAGCUGCUGGUAACGGCUCAGAAACAAGACUGCCUUACCAUUGGCAUCUAUGAAUCAGCUAAACUUCUAAAUGCAGAUCCAGACAGUGUGGUCCUGUGCGUCCUGGCAGCCGACGACAAGGACGACGUGGCGCUGCAGAUCCACUUCACCCUGCUGCAGUCUUUCUGCUGUGACAGCGGCAUCACCAUCCUGCGAGUCUCCGGGGUUCAGCGGCUCCGGCAGCUGCUGCUAGGAGCAGUGGAUGCCAACAGAAACCAGGAAGAGCAUGGAGACCUUCACUGCAUGCUGGUUACGAACCCCCAGGCUGACCACUGCAGGCUACAAGAGGUGGGAACCUACUGCCAGGAGAGCCGACGCCUCGACCAGUGGGUGCCUGAACUUGUCCUGCAAGAACGCUGAAGGGUCUGGCACCUGAACACACCAACAAACACAAGAGCUCCUCGGAUACUGAUGAACUGAAGGAUCUGAUGGAGGUCAAGUCAAGCAGGGACGGCCUGGAGGGGACUGAGACGGGGCCGUCCAAACUGAUUACAAGAAGGGACCAAGGACUCCCUUUCAGCGACCUUCAAGUCGGAGUGGAGACUGGUUUCAAUGAUCUGUUUUGUGCAAAAGAUACAGACAGAAAAGUAGAUUCCCACCCAGGCCACAUUGUUUUUACUUUGUCAGUAAAACAAAAUCUAUGCUUCUAUUUUGACAUUCUGUUUGACUACUCACAAUGUUUACGGGGUAUGACAUUAAUCAGUAGAGGAGUAGUAGCUUUGAAAACAAAACUUCCACACCCUAACUUGUCCAGGGAGAUCUGUGUAUUUCUGUGGACUGGACAGGAAUGCUGUAGUGGCGAAACUAUGCCCAACAUUCCUGUUGUAUUCUCACAUGGGAGAGGUCCUUGGAGAGAAGGUGUGUGUGUGUGUGUGUGUGUGAAUGUGUGGUAUGCGUGUACAAUACUCAAGUCUUUCUUUAGAAAAGACUGGGCGUGCAGCAUGUGCGUUCCUGAAAUGAGCAGCUGAACCUGUGGAGGACUCAUCACCAUGGAAACUGAAAUGAAAAUGAUGUUGGAGUUAAAGUCACACAGGAUUUAUUGGUUUUGCAGGCCUGAAAAAGAACUGCAAAAAGGGGCUCAGAACAUGAUGUAUUUUGUUCAGAGGAGGAUACAGAUUGAGCUGUCUGAUCUGAUGAACAAGCUGGCUUCAAAUUGUUAUUGUACAGAAAGUGAUGCCAGUCAAUAUCUUUGUGCCUUCAAGAGUGCUGCCUUUUUGAUAAAAAUGCUGUUAAACUAAUAAGUGGUUAUACCAUUAAUUUAUUGAUUGUAUCAGUUGUAUGAGUAGCUAUUUAUUGUCAGAUUUUUUUUAAAACUGUUAUCCAAGUCAAUAAAUUAUUGUGUUCAUAA